UCGUGAUUCGUGAAUUGAAUGUGAAUAGAAAUUAGAAAAUCUCUUUUUUCCAAAACAAUUAAUAAGAAAUUAAGUGAUUAUUUUGCAAUUUAGUAACCCGAAAGCCCAAAGCACAUUUCAAAAUCGAUCUACCUAGAAGAAAUAUUCUGUAUACAUACAAUUUGUAAUACGUGUAAUACUUGGUGAUUUUUGUUCUUAGAUAGUUAAAAUGAAACCUAGCAGCGGCGGUGACUACGAAGAGCCAGAGCAUCUAAGAAAACUAUUCAUUGGAGGACUAGACUAUAGAACCAAUGAUACAACAUUAAAGGAGUUUUAUGAACAAUGGGGAGAAAUUGUGGAUGUUGUUGUCAUGAAAGAUCCUCAUACUAAGAGAUCGAGAGGUUUUGGGUUCAUAACAUACUCUCAUGCGCACAUGCUGGAUGAAGCCCAGAAGAAUAGGCCACAUAAAAUUGAUGGAAGAGUGGUUGAACCCAAAAGAGCUGUGCCAAGGGAUGAAAUAAAUAGACCUGAUGCAAGUGCCACAGUGAAGAAAUUGUUUGUUGGUGCAUUGAAACAAGACAUUGAAGAAGAGGACCUCAAAGAAUAUUUUGAAUCAUAUGGAAAUAUUGUAUCUGUGAGCAUAGUCACAGAAAAAGAAACUGGAAAAAAAAGGGGAUUUGGAUUUAUUGAGUUUGAUGACUAUGACCCUGUAGAUAGAGUAUGCUUACAACCCAACCACAAGGUGAAAGGUCAUAAGCUGGAUGUUAAGAAGGCCCUGUCUAAGACUGAGAUGGCAAGUGGUGGCGGUGGUGGCCGUCGCUCUGACCGUGGAGGUGGUGGUGGUGGUGGUGGCUGGGGAGGUAGACGUGGCCAGCAGAAUUGGGACAAUUCAGGGUAUGGUAACCAAGGCGCAUGGAACAAUCAGAGCCCAUGGGACAACUCUGGGGGAUGGGACAGUCAGGGAUAUGGUAAUCAGGGUGGAUGGGUGCAAGGAGACUUUGGAGGUGGCUACCAGCAGAACUAUGGUGGAGGUCCAAUGAGACAAAACUACAAUAACCAGAGGUCGCAACCUUAUAAUGCAGGUGGAUCUGGUUACGGCAAUAACGGAGGGCAAAACUAUAUGAGUGGCUCCAACGCUGGUGCUGGGCAACGCCAGUACUAAAACACCUAAUGUCUUGUGACAAGUCGCUUAGUCGAAGCUAGGCAGGCAGAUAGAGUAGAAGGUAGGCCAGGAGAUCUAGCUAGUGAGGGCCAGCGGACUACCACUCAGUCUGUUAUAUAUUAUAUCAGUAUAAGGUUUGUUCUCAACUUACUGUUUAGGCACUAGCAACAUUAUUGUGUAACACACUCACAGUUUUUACAUAUUGUUAUGUCAGCACGGUUUUAACGGUUUAAACUUUAAAGUAAUUCGAGAUUCUAUUGUAAAAGCUGUGUAUCAGUCACUUUUGGCUUAACUUUUACCUGUUGUUUUACAUUCCAAUGUUAAUGAAGUGUAAAUGUCGAUUGUCACUAUUUUACAUUACGAUUAUUGUAUCAUUGUAUCAUUUAGGCCUAUUACUUGAUUGCAUAAUAUGCAUAUUCAAUUUUAUUUUCAUGUUACAAAAAUAUGGACUAUUUAAGUUAUGUUACGGUGUAAACAUUUUUAUUCUUAUGUUAGAUUUUAGUAUUUGUGUGAUGAAUUAAAGUAAUACUAUUUUCCAUGGACUCUUCUACACUUGGACGAGCCAUCGUCGAAAAGGCCAUGGUAAGUGGAUUGACUAAAUAAAACUAUGGGGAUUUA